GAGGCGGCGGAGGAGGGGCCGCCCGCGGCCCCCGACUCACCCCGGCGCUCCGGGCCGCUUGGCCCCCAUGCCUGCCCGCCAGCCUCGCCGGAGCCCCAGGUGACCAGCGCCAUGUCCAGCCAGGUGGUGGGCAUUGAGCCUCUCUACAUCAAGGCAGAGCCAGCCAGCCCUGACAGUCCAAAGGGUUCCUCCGAGACUGAGACUGAACCCCCGGUGACCCUGGCUCCGGGUCCAGCUCCAGCCCGCUGCCUCUCAGGGCACAAGGAGGAAGAGGAUGGGGAGGGGGCUGGGCCUGGCGAGCAGGGUGGUGGGAAGCUGGUGCUCAGCUCCCUGCCCAAACGCCUCUGCCUGGUCUGUGGGGAUGUGGCCUCCGGCUACCACUAUGGUGUGGCAUCUUGUGAGGCCUGCAAAGCCUUCUUCAAGAGGACCAUCCAGGGGAGCAUCGAAUACAGCUGUCCGGCCUCCAAUGAGUGUGAGAUCACCAAGCGGAGACGCAAGGCCUGCCAGGCCUGCCGCUUCACCAAGUGCCUGCGGGUGGGCAUGCUCAAGGAGGGGGUGCGUCUGGACCGUGUCCGGGGUGGGCGACAGAAAUACAAACGGCGGCCAGAAGUGGACCCGUUGCCCUUUCCAGGCCCCUUCCCUGCUGGCCCUUUGGCAGUAUCUGGAGGCCCCCGGAAGACAGCCCCAGUAAAUGCUCUGGUGUCACACCUGCUGGUGGUUGAGCCUGAGAAGCUGUAUGCCAUGCCCGACCCAGCAGGCCCUGAUGGGCACCUUCCUGCUGUGGCCACCCUCUGUGACCUCUUCGACCGUGAGAUUGUGGUCACCAUCAGCUGGGCCAAGAGCAUCCCAGGCUUCUCGUCGCUGUCGCUGUCUGACCAGAUGUCAGUACUGCAGAGCGUGUGGAUGGAGGUGCUGGUGCUGGGUGUGGCUCAGCGCUCUCUGCCACUGCAGGAUGAACUGGCCUUUGCCGAGGACCUGGUCCUGGAUGAAGAGGGGGCACGGGCAGCUGGCCUGGGGGAACUGGGGGCAGCUCUGUUGCAGCUGGUGCGACGACUGCAGGCCCUACGGCUGGAGCGUGAGGAGUAUGUCCUGCUAAAGGCUCUUGCCCUUGCCAAUUCUGACUCUGUGCACAUUGAAGAUGCUGAGGCUGUGGAGCAGCUGCGUGAAGCCCUACACGAGGCCUUGCUAGAGUACGAAGCAGGCCGGGCCGGCCCUGGAGGGGGUGCUGAGCGGCGGCGGGCCGGCAGGCUGCUGCUCACACUGCCGCUUCUCCGCCAGACAGCUGGCAAAGUCCUGGCCCAUUUCUACGGGGUGAAGCUGGAGGGCAAAGUGCCCAUGCACAAGCUUUUUUUGGAGAUGCUUGAGGCCAUGAUGGACUGAGGCGAAG